AUGUCACAUAGAGUUGUAACACUUCCACGGUUACACUCUGUGAGCAACUUUAAUUAUUUUUUUCAGAACACCAAGAGGAACUUGGUUAUAGAGCAAAAUUUUAUCAAUAACCAAUACUUACUUCGUAAAGUGUUGUUACCAAAUCUUAGUGGGAGAGUUCGACACUUGACUUCACAGACAUCUCGAUUUUCCGACAACACAAAUGCUGGUAGAUUGCUGUCAUCUACAUCUGUGAUUGAGAACGUUGCCUCCAAAGUUUUAACAUGUCAAGAGCCCGAAGCACAGCUGUCUCAAAAAACGGGCAUCGACCCAAGUAAUGCUACUACUCAUAAACAUAUUCCAUUUAAAAUAAUCCCAAAAGAUUCACAAGCUUCAAAAACUCAACCAGUGACCCUUUUCCCAAAAUCUAAAGCACAAUUAAAGAACACUUGUACGGCAUAUCUAAAGUUGACAAAACCUAAUCUAACAGUGCUAGUUACAUUAAGCUCUAUAUGCUCUUACGCUAUAUCUCCGUUGUCAGUCUCAUUACAAGAAUUGUUGUUUUUGACUGUGGGUACGGCAUUAUGUUCUGGAGCAGCAAAUGCUAUAAAUAUGGGCCGAGAGCCAGAGUUUGACAAACAAAUGCCGCGAACAGUUGGAAGACCAGUUGUACGUGGGUUGAUUACUCCCACACAGGCGUAUCAAUUUGCUGCUGUUAGUGGUGCUAUUGGUUGUGGGAUGUUGUGGUUUGGCGUCAACCCAACAGUGUCGUUGUUGGGGUUUUCAAAUAUCGUGUUGUAUGCGUGGUUAUAUACAUCCAUGAAAAGAAAAUCAAUCAUUAAUACAUGGGUGGGUGCAGUUGUGGGAGCUAUACCACCGUUGAUGGGGUGGGCAGCCUCGUCUUCUUUGGCACAUCCUGCAGCCUGGUGUUUGGCAGGACUCUUGUACGCGUGGCAGUUCCCUCAUUUCAAUGCUUUGUCCCAUGGAAUUGCCCAGCAGUAUAAGCUGGCCGGAUAUGUUAUGGCGGCAGCAGAAAAUCCUAGACUAAAUGCAAGAGUGGCGUUACGUUACUCUGUGCUUAUGUUCCCGUUAUGUUUUGGGUUGAGCUAUUUUGGCGUUACCGACUGGGUCUUCCCAUUUGACUCUGCUAUUGCCAAUGGCUGGUUGACUUAUUUGGCAUAUAUUUUCUGGCAACAACAAGAGAGGAAUUAUAAAAAUGGAGCUAAAGCAACCAGUGAAGGAUUAGCUUUGGCUGGAGUCCACGCCAAGAAGUUAUUUUGGUGUUCAGUAUGGCAUUUGCCAGCAGUUUUGAUAUUGGCAAUGUUGCAUAAAAAGGAUCAAUGGAAUCGAUUGUUUGAGCAUAUUGGCUUGAAGACUCGAAAGAUUGAGGGUAGAUUGGAGGUCUGA